ACAAGGUUUUCUGCGAAUUCUCUUACAUGGAUACUGUGAGUGCAGAGAGUUAUCAAUGUGUCAGGUACUUCUGCACCACCGGCAGCGGUCUGGAACCAUUUCUUGUUGAUGAAGUAAAGCGCAAACUGCUGGCCGUUGAUGUGGAGUUCAUCUCUGGCAGAGUGUUCUUCACUACUGGUGCAGCCAUGGAGAGCAUCAUCCAUCUGAAAUCUGCAGAGAGGCUCUUCCUGUUGCUACACCGAUCUCCACCCAUCCGAGCUCCAGUCAAUCAGGCAAAGGCCGCCAGUGUGGUGCAGCAGAGCGUUGUGGGAGAUUCUGAGGUCUGGAAGGGAGCUCUUGGCACCUGGAGCCGCCUCAGAGCCAGGCUUACAGGCGCUAAGACAACCCGGAAGAGAAAGAGAGAAGAGGGUCAGGAUGAGGAAGAGGAAGAGGACAAGCACACAGAGACCCAGCCAAGUCACCCAAGGGACACCCAGAGUGGUGUGAGUGAGCCUCAGACAGACUCUGAGCAGCCAAGGACAACUUUCCGAGUGAGCUGCCGCUCCAGUGGAGUUGUGGCAAAGCGCUUCAGCCCACAGGACUUGAGUCGGCUCAUAGGGAGCGCCAUAACCAAACAACUGAACUGGCGAGCACACCUGAAAGAGCCUGACUUGGAGGUGAAUGUGUAUUUAAGUGAUGACCACUGUGUGGUUGGGAUAUUGCUAUCAAGCCAUCCCUUAGCCAAACGCAGCUACAUUAAGCACACUGGUCUCAGAUCGACUGUGGCGUGGGCUAUGACCUCCGUCUCAAACACAAAGGAAGGUGCUGUCAUCAUUGACCCGAUGUGUGGAGUGGGCACCAUUUUGCUGGAGGCGGCUCAGGAAUGUCCGAAUGCAUGUUUCUUUGGACUGGACAGUGAUGUGGGUCAGCUACAGAAGGCUGCAGAGAAUGUGGAAUAUGCCCAGCUGACGGGUAGAGUCCAGCUACUGCAAGCAUCAGCUAUGGGAAUCCCUCUGCCGUCUGGCUCUGUGGACGUGGUCAUCUGCGAUGUCCCUUUUGGUAGGAAGUUCAGCUGUGGCUCCAGCAUGGCUACCGCUCUCCCAGACAUAGUCAAAGAGAUGGAGAGAGUUCUCUGUGUUGGCGGGUCUCUUGUGCUCCUCUUGAGUCUCCAGCUCUCUACUCUACUAAAGAAGAAAAUUGUUAAGGACGCGCUCCCAUGUCCAGCCACCACCGCGGCGCCCUCCCCUGCCUCAGACACCCUCCUCAGUUCUGAGACGAACGCCGGCGUGACACACACCCACGGCGAAAAUGCUCAGCUCUCAGACGGUUUAACACUGCGGCCUUUCUGCUCCCUACAUACACACAGCAUUCACAAAGUCAGCCUUGGCAACACAGAUGCAGUAAUACACACUUACACCAAGACCCAUGGACACUGAUGACCCCCACCCAUAUCACCUGUAUGGACAAUGAUCCAUGAAGUUUAUAACGUGUAGUACCUGUACUGAUCUUUAAUAGAGAUGCUAUUGUUUUUUUUUAACCACUAGGUGGCGGUAGUUGGUGUUGUGGUGGAAGGGGUGUGGGCCUGAAUGUUAGAAGCUCAAAACAACACACACACACACACACACACUCUCACAUUUGACCUGUUUUGUCCCCACACUUAAAGAAAACAAGAUAAUGAAAUAAUGUACGCACACAAAAUGGGUAUAUAAAACACUCAAAUACUGUGACAAGAAUAUGUGUCAUGAGUCAUGACAACCUACAGUAUGCGUCAUAUUUCUCAAAACUAAAUAAAGUAUCCCACUUUU